AUAAUUUGAUACGAGUAACUUUUUGGGGCAGCCCCUGCUAUUUAAGGAAACCAUUUGUUCCUACAUAUGAAUUCUCAUUUCAUUGGCUCAUCUCUCUUCGAAGUCUUUUCCAACCACAUUGUUGUCCCCUCCAAAAUAACUUACCUUUCUUCAACUCUACCAACACCAAAUUCUCUGCCCCACCAUCGCCGCCUCCAUGACCACCGUCACACAAUGAAGUAACAGAGCCUCUAAUAGUUAAACCCAUUUAAGGGAUUUUUCCUCUUAGUUAUCGAAAUGGGUUGUUGUGUUAGCAGUAACAACGAUAAACUACCUCCAACUAUAUCCAAUUCUUCACAACAAAGUGAAGAAGAAACAGUUAAAGAAGUCCUCUCUGAAACUCCCACUACUAUACAAAAACCAAACCUCUAUAACACUACUGAAAAUAGUCUCAAAAAAUCCUCACUACCCAUCUCCAAAUAUUCCAUUAAUAUGGCACAAAAACACAUUAUGAAGAAACCCAUCACAACUAAUAAUUUCAACCACCCUGAUGAUGAAGUAUCAGAGAUCAGUGAUGCAACAGUAACAACAGAGAAGCAAUAUGCACCCGAAGAUGACGUCACUGAAUUCCAGAAACGGUCACCGGCGAAGUACCGGAAUCAGAGAAGUGUUGGGAACUCGCCGGCCAGAAGAUCCGACCCGUCUCCGGGUCGGGUCAGAUCCGGACCCGGAAGGAGGGAUAAUGGGGAGUGUUCGGGUAGGAGGUCGAGGUCACCGGCGAUGAGGGUUGAGAAUGGUGGAUACGGGUCGGGUUUAGGGAGGAGUCCGUCGGGGAGGAAAACGGGUAAGUCUCCGGGUCGGGUCAGAUCCGAAAUGGGUGAUCGGAUCAGGAUGAUGGAUCAUGAGAGAGAUUAUGGAAAUGGGGGAGAAAACAAAAAGUGGUCACCACCGACAAAUGGAAAUGAAUCUCUUGAAAAUCCACUUGUGUCCUUGGAAUGUUUCAUUUUUCUUUGAUAUAUAAUAUAAAAUAAUUUUGGUAGAUUUAAUGUAAUCAUUUGGUAAAAAGAUGCUAUAAUGUUAGAUUUUGACAUUAAUAUGA